CGCUCACCAGCUAUCCUCCCAUUGCCGCUCAUCAUGUCUACCACGUCUACCCCGAACGACUCCCCGAGCUCCGUCCAGCCGCUGCACAACCCCUCUCAGGCGGCGAAGGUCGUGCUUCCACAAGCACCGCUUGGCAACGUGCUUAACCAGGCGCCGGGAAUGGGCGCGAAGGCGCUCUUGGCGAAGCGCAUGCCGAAGGCGAACGCCUCCUACGUCUCGCCAACAGACAACAUGAUGACCCCAUGCACACAGAAGCUGAACGCUGCGAAGAAAAAGCAGUUCUCCAAGGCGAAGCCGACCCAGCUGUUUGCCGCACCACAGGAGCAGAAAGAGAGCGACGACGAAGACGAGGUGGCAGCACCAGCACCCGACUCGAAGGACGUCAAGAUGGAUGACGAUGAAAACCCAUUCUAGUCGAUCCACAUCGUUCCCAUCGGCUGGUAGUCUGCAGACAGUGUACGACCCAUGCAUUCAGCCCAUCCUGGUGGCCCUUGCGGUUUACCCCAUUGGCUCUCAUGUACCAGUCCCUUCGCUCUGUCUGUCCAUUGUCGCAUCUUUAUAGCUCGUUGUAUUGCUUGGUGUACCACCACAUUUCGUCUCUUGACGCCCCACGAUUUGACUAGCUGCUUUCGUCUGUACACCAAUACAUAUUAUUGUCAGGAUCCA